UACCUGAAAUGACAAACAUGUUCUUCCAGUAUUGCAUGUCACCUCCAAUGAUGCCAACAAUAUUUUGAAUUACUAUAACUCUCCUGGAGGAUCACCUCCCAACGCUAGCAUAAUAUUCAAUGGGCAAGUGUCCGGCCGUCGCCCUGCUCCAGCCAUCACUCCAACUUCCUCCAGAGGUCCUAGUUUAACGAACGGUGGUAUUUUGAAGCCGGAUGUCAUCGCGCCAGGCUAUGAAAUCCUUGCAGCAUCCAUUGUCAAAGGCAGUCCCUUUAAUACCUAUUUCAAAUUUGAAAGUGGCACUUCCAUGGCAUCGCCCCAUGUAGCAGGAGUUAUGGCCUUGAUCAAGAAGAAACACCCAACAUGGUCUCAAGCUGCCAUCCAGUCAGCGAUAAUAACAACUGCUGACGAUGUCGAUCUUGCUGGAAACCGGUUCAUUGACAUGAAAAAUUGGAAGCCAUCCAACAUCUUUGCUCGGGGCGCUGGACAUAUCAAUCCCCCAAAAGCCAUGGAUCCAGGUCUUGUCUAUGACCGAAACUUCAAUGACUACAUUGGCUACAUGUGUGGUCUAAAGUACAAUCCCACUCUCAUGCAACGUAUCACUGGCAGAAAAGUGAAUUGCACCACAGUGAAGAACAUCAAACCAUCCCAACUCAACUACCCUUCCAUUAUGGUAACUUUGAGCUCCAAGUCUUCAAAUGAGACUAUUACGAGGACAGCAACCAAUGUUGGGAAAGCCAACUCCGUUUACACACCUAAAAUUAUUCAUCCAGCAAAUGCAAGUUUGAUCCUUUCCACAAAUAGACUAUAGUUCAAUCGCUAUAAACCAGCAAUUAAGUUUCAAUGUCACGAUAAUCAUUGUACCACCAGCUCCCAUCAAGGGCACGAUAUCUGAAGGAAAACUAGAAUGGGUAUCCACGUCAAAUAGCCAUGUUGUUCGAAGCCCCAUUGCCAUUGUCUUUUGAUUGAACCCUUCGUGCCUUACGUGUAUGCGUCAUGCAAAGUUCCCUGAUCCUUAUGUUGGUUGCUAUGAUAAAAUACUUGUUUUCUUUUUAUGCAUGAUCUUACCUUGUA